UCUGGUGUGGUGUGUUGCCAGUGGCCACUGAAUGCAGAUAGUGAAAGCUCAUGAGGCUGCUCUGAUUCUUUAUUAAUGCCACCAGAGAUUAGUCAGCUCCUCUGAAAAACAGGUCUAAUUCAGUGGCUGAAUCACAUGGCAAUGACUGGAGCCGGAGUAAUGAGAGGCCAUGAGCUCAAAGACCUGCUGUUUACAUCGCACAGCUUCAGAAUACAACCGACCAUGAGAUCAAAUUGUGGAUAAUUUUUUGCUUACAUCUAUCACCUUGGAUUUAUCGAUCUUUGUCUCUUACAUACGGCAAUCAUGGGAUGCCUCUUCCGAAGUGAGGAGAUGUGUCUAGUCCAGCUCUUCCUCCAGUCCGGUUCGGCUUACAACUGCAUCAGUGAGCUUGGAGAGUUGGGCUUAGUUGAAUUCAGAGAUCUGAAUCCAAAUGUGAAUGCCUUUCAAAGGAAGUUUGUUUCAGAAGUGAGAAGAUGUGAAGAGCUGGAGAAAACCUUCAAGUAUCUGGAGCAAGAGAUCAGUCGUUCUAUCUAUCCUCCUCUGCAAGGGCCUUUACCUACAGCCACACCAAUCCCAUCAGCCCCACAGCCCAGAGAGCUGCUGUCCAUUGAGGAGGAGAGCGAGAGGCUGGCCAGAGAACUCAGAGAGGUAUCAAGGAACAGGGACAGUCUACGUAACCAGCUGACCCAACUCAGCCAGUACAGAGGGGUUCUGAAGCAGAGCAUUUUGCUACCAACCUCACAGGUUCCACCUGCAACUUUUGAGACCACAGCACUACUGGACAGCAGGCAAGAUAUGCGUUUGAGUUUUGUCACCGGUGUAGUUCAUCCGUGGAAGGUUCCAGCAUUCGAGAGGCUGCUUUGGAGGGCCUGCCGUGGAUACAUCAUUGUAGACUUCUGGGAGAUGGAGGAAAGGCUGGAAGUGCCAGACACUGGAGAGAUGGUUCAGUGGAAUGUCUUUGUGAUCUCAUUUUGGGGAGAGCAGAUUGGGCAGAAAGUGAAGAAGAUAUGUGAUUGUUUCCACACACAAACCUUCGUGUAUCCAGAGGGUUUAGAGGAGAGAGAAGGAGUACUCCAAGGGCUGGAAAGCAGAAUAGUAGACAUCAAAAUGGUGCUGUCUCAGACAGAGCAGUAUAUGCAGCAGCUGCUCUCUCGCUGUGUGUGUCAAAUGCCACAAUGGAAGAUACGUGUGCAGAAGUGUAAAGCUGUGCAGACAGUCCUUAACCUCUGCAGCCCUUCAGUCACAGACAAGUGUCUCAUCGCAGAGGCCUGGUGCCCCGUAGCCAGACUUCCACUGCUCCAGAGCGCUCUGAUAGAAGGAACGAGAAAGAGUGGUAGCAGUGUGGACUCUUUCUACAACCGUCUGCCUGCGCCCACAUCUCCUCCAACACUCUUUAACACCAACACAUUCACUUCCAACUUCCAGAACAUCGUGGAUGCCUAUGGUGUGGCCAGUUACAGAGAGGUUAAUCCAGCUGUGUACACCAUUAUUACUUUUCCCUUCUUGUUUGCGGUGAUGUUUGGAGAUGUUGGUCACGGUUUACUCAUGACAUUGGCAGCUCUGUGGAUGAUUCUAGAGGAAAGAGACCCUAAAAUGAGGAGUAACACUAAUGAGAUUUGGCGAUUGUUGUUUGGUGGGAGAUAUCUGAUCCUUCUGAUGGGGCUGUUCUCCAUCUAUACUGGGGCUGUUUAUAAUGAGUGCUUCAGUAAAGGACUCAGUCCUCUUUCUUCUGGCUGGCACCUCAAACCCAUGAUUCAGCACUACAACUGGAGCGAUGAAACUCUGAGGAGCAACCAGUACCUCACUUUGGAUCCGAACAUAACUGGAGUAUUCCAGGGACCAUAUCCGUUUGGCAUUGACCCGAUCUGGAGCCUUGCCAAUAACCACCUCACCUUCCUCAAUUCCUAUAAGAUGAAGAUGUCUGUCAUCAUCGGGGUCAUCCACAUGACUUUUGGAGUCUGCUUAUCCUUCUUCAACUACAUGUACUCUAGGGAUGUGAGCAGCAUGUUCCUGGUGUUGAUUCCUGAGCUAGUGUUCAUGCUGUGUCUUUUUGGGUACCUUGUCUUCAUGGUGGUGUUUAAAUGGAUCGCGUUUGGCCCUCAGGAUUCAGACCGUGCACCCAGCAUCCUGAUCCACUUCAUUGACAUGUUUGUGUUUGCUGAGAACCCAGACAACCCACCGCUUUAUCCAGGACAGAUGAUAGUGCAGAGAGUAUUAGUGUGCUUGGCACUGCUGGCAGUUCCAGUGCUGUUACUGGGAAAACCACUCUUCUUGUACUUCAGGCACAGGAAUAACAGGAGAAUGUUACAGGAGGAACAGCGCCCCCUAGUCACGGAUACCAGCUCUAUAAACGCUCAACUAGGAGACCUAGAGGGAGGACGGGAAACAGAGGAUCAGGAGUUUGAUUGCACUGAGGUUUUUAUGCACCAGGCGAUCCACACCAUAGAGUACUGCUUGGGCUGUAUCUCCAACACCGCCUCGUACCUUCGACUUUGGGCCCUCAGCCUCGCACAUGCACAGCUGUCUGAGGUUCUCUGGGUGAUGGUGAUGAGAAUUUCACUCUCGUGGCAAGGCUAUGUGGGAUCUGUGGUUCUAUCAGUCAUCUUCUCCGUCUUCGCCAUGCUCACUAUCUCUAUCCUGCUGGUAAUGGAGGGGCUGUCAGCCUUCCUGCAUGCUCUGCGUCUGCACUGGGUGGAGUUUCAAAACAAAUUCUACAGAGGAUCUGGAUACAAGUUCAACCCUUUUUCCUUCGCAUCAAUUCAGCAUCUUGAGUAAAUGUAAAUAUUCCCUGUAAAAAUGGUUUUAUACUUCAUUUUAAAGCUGGACUAGUUAACGUCUGGUAGUAAAGGAUGAUUCAUUAGAGGUUUUGUUCACCGUGAAAUAAAAAUUGUCAUUAACUCACCCUCAUGUUGUUCCCUCACCAACCUGUAUGACUUGGUUCUGUGGGGGAAAAAAUAUGUUUUGAAGAGAAGAUACUCACUGCAGAGCCAAUGGACGGAGCUUGACAUUCCAACUCCCCUAUAGGUGGAGAUUUAAGGCCCAACCACACAGAGAUCUUAAUGCUGAGCAUAAUGUAUGAAUUGCAAAAAUGCAGAAUACUAAUAAAGGCUUUUGUAACUUGGAACCUGAGAAUAUUUGUAUUC